AUGUUGCCGCCGUCACACUCUACCCUUCGUUUUCCCUCACACGCCCCGCAAGCAUCGACCUCUACUGCUUCCACACCUCUAGACGCGCGUCGCAGGUCGUCGCCAAUCCAUGCCAGUGCAGUUCCGCUCUCAGCCAACCCUGACCUCCGUCGUCGUCAGAGUGUCGCGCCAAGUGACCCUCAACGCAGGUCCUCCGCCCAGCAUGCGCAGUCCUCCUUCGACCAGCCACCCGUUCCGAGACACAAUGGAUCACCAUCUCAAACUCCUUUCAGUCCUCCAAGUGCAUCCAAGUCUGCUCCCGCCGGCCCAACAACAACCACACUCGGCAACUACCAGCUUGGCGACUGCCUUGGCCGCGGUGCUUUUGGCUCUGUUUAUCGAGGUCUCAACUACAUGAACGGUGAGACCGUCGCUGUCAAACAGAUUCAACUCGGCAAUAUACCGAAGGCAGAGCUCGGAGAGAUCAUGUCCGAGAUCGAUCUCCUCAAGAACCUUCACCAUCCCAACAUUGUCAAGUACAAAGGCUCAGAAAAGACCAAAGAUUAUCUCUACAUCAUCCUUGAGUACUGCGAGAACGGCUCAUUACACCACAUCUGCAAGCGCUUCGGCAAGUUCCCUGAAGGACUCGUGAGCGUUUACAUCUCACAAGUCCUUGAAGGUCUCAUCUAUCUGCACGACCAGGGCGUCAUCCAUCGAGACAUCAAGGGCGCCAACAUCCUUACCACCAAGGAUGGCUCCGUCAAGCUCGCCGACUUUGGCGUCGCCACCAAGACCGGGGCCAUGGGCGAGAACGCCGUCGUAGGCAGUCCCUACUGGAUGGCCCCCGAGGUCAUCGAUCAGAGUGGCGCCACCACGGCCAGCGACAUUUGGAGCGUUGGCUGUGUCGUAGUCGAGCUCCUUGAAGGCAAGCCGCCGUAUCACUUUCUCGCGCCUAUGCCUGCUCUAUUUCGCAUCGUUCAAGACGACUGUCCGCCUCUGCCCGAGGGCGCUUCUCCCGUUGUCAAAGACUUCCUCCUCCACUGCUUCCAGAAGGACGCCAACCUGCGAGUCUCGGCACGCAAGCUGCUUCGACAUCCGUGGAUGGUUACUGCUCGCAAACAACUCCAGCAACUCCAGGCAGGUGGCUCGCUUCGGGCAGGCGCAGGCCCAACCCUCAACACGCCGCACGAGGAAGCGGUCAAGAGUGUUCAAGAAUGGAACCAAGCGCUCAACGAGCCACCCAAACAAGCCGGGCAGCGCCUUCACGAACCAGACACGCUUCGAGCUCCAAUGCAACCCAGCCUUCGCCGUGUCAACGCCAUCGCUGCCGAGCUCGGUACUGCUAAGCCGCUACCCGGUCGCAAGACACGUCACUCCAGUCGGCCCACUUUGCCCGUCGACUUUAGCCCUCCCCCCGCUCUUCCACGCAAAGACGACACUGCAGCAGAUUAUGCGCCUCGUCCUUCGUCCAAGUUGCUCAAAUCCUUGAACGAGCCCAGCAAUCCCUCGGCUACCCAUCUUUCCCCGGCGACGAACAGCAAACAGCCCGCUUCGCCUACCAAUGCAUCCGGCUUCCGAACGCCCAUUGCUGGAGCUGCUCCAGCAACCUCCCUCAUGGAUCACCGUGUCAAGCUCGCAGACCUGCAACAACCAGAGAGCGCUGACGACAAUUGGGAUGAUGAUUUCGAAGAGGACAUUACCACCACCAAGAUCGCUGCCCUUGAGAGAAGUGCUUCGUCCGAAGGCAAGGAUGCAUCGCCCAAGUCGCCUACGAACGCUGCAACCGCUGCGUCGCCGAAGAGCAGACCUUCUCCUCCCUUGGACCAGCAAGACUUUGCUUCCCCCUCACCGCCUCGCCAAGCAGGACUUGAAGCAGACUUUGAUCAGCGCACCAUUCGGCCCGUCGCUCCUCCGUUUUUGCGCAGCGUAGCUUCCUCUCCCCAAGUCCGCGGCUCUGCGGAUGUCAUCAAGCAAACCUCAUCGCCGCUCGAAAGCUUUUCGAAUGACGACGACGCCGGCGACGAUUACUCUGACCUUGUUGGAGAUGGCCAGGAGGAUGUCUUGAACCGACGCAUCCGUGACCUGCAGAUGAAAAAUAGCGUCGGCAAGCGCCUCUUCCAUCCCAACGACCUCACACGACUCGCUAGCCCCGGCGCUGGCGGCAAGUCCUCGUCGCAAGCCCACACAGACCUCGGGGUCGGGUCACCAUCCCGGCCUUCCGACCGACGCAGACAGGCGUCGUCGGAGGCAUUGCGCAGCUCUCUGGCCGCUUCUGCCACUCGAACUCCUUCCAACCCGAGCAGCCCGGUGGCCACGCUGCGUCUCGAAAAGGACGAAAAAUGGAAGCAGAUGCGCCGCAUGCUCGGCAAAUACUCCGAAGACCAUUCCGCCGAAGACUACUCGGACCUCUUUGGGCACGCAGACGAAGCUGGCAACCGCAAAGACGAUUCUAUCGGCAGUGGCAACACACUGCAGCUCACCGCUCGUCUCUCGAACCGAUCCUGGCUGCGCGACAAUGAUGCUGACGAAGACGAUCCUUUUGCCGAGAUCGACGAAGGGCUCAACGCUGAGGCGGAUCUCGAGGCCAAUGUGGCUCGCGACCAGCAUGCCCGCAUGUGUGCCUUUGUCACCGAGCUGGUCGAGUCUCUCGAUACACGUGCUGGUGUUGAGGAGCUGCUCCAGGUGUGCGAAGACAUCGACCAGGUGCUCACCGACAUGCCCGAGAUGAAGGCACAGUUGCUCGCCUCGCACGGUGCGCUAGCCCUCAUACAACUGCUCGAGGCAGCCGCAGAUCGCGAAUUGGCUACCCGGCUGCUCGGCAUCCUUAACCUCAUCAUCUUCGAAGACCCCGAGGCCCAGGAGAGCUUGUGUCUGAUUGGAGCGAUCCCGGUCGUCAUGACUUUCACGACCAAGAAAUGGCCACACGACCUCCGACUCGAGGCGGCUCACUUCGUCUUUGCCAUGUGCUCCACAUCCCGACUCACGCUGCAGUUUGUGCUGAGCUGCCGUGGACUGCGCACACUCGUCAAUCUCAUCGACGAAGACUACCUCGAGCAGAAGGAUCUCGUCUGGAUCGGCGUCGGAUGCGUUAGCAGCGUGCUCGAGCUGCAAAGCCCUGCCUCCCGCAAUGACUUUUGCCGCAUGCUGGCUCAGGAGGGCUUGCUCGAGCCUCUGUCUUCCGCGCUGCAGAGUGUAAUCGAUGAUGACCAGGAUGAGUACGCCUCUGAGGCUCGUGCCAACAUCCUCCAGAUCCUUCUCAUCUACUCGCAGUCCGACAACUUCCUCAAGAAGCAGGUCGCUACCCGCAGUGUUCUUCGACGCAUCCUGCGCUCCGCGUCCCGCCUCGAUGCCGAGUCAUUAACGCUCAUGCUCAAGAUUGUCAAGAAUUUGUCCAUGUCGCCCACGAUCCUCGACGAGAUGCAAAACGCCAACACGAUCGAGAUCCUAACCAACAUCCUUGCACAGCAUCACAGUGGUCCGCACGGUACCGAGAUGUCGAACCAGGUGCUCAACACCAUGUACAAUUUGUGCCGGUUGUCCAAGUCGCGCCAGGAAGAGGCUGCCCAGGCCGGCAUCAUCCCACAGCUGCUGCGCGUGGCCCGCACCAACUCGCCACUGCGGCAGUUCGCGUUGCCCAUCCUGUGCGACUUUGCUCAUGCAGGCAAAGCGACACGCAAAAUGUUCUGGCAGCACAGAGGCCUGCAUUUCUAUCUCAAGUUGCUCGAGGAUCCGUAUUGGCAAGUUUCCGCGCUGGAGAGCGUGCUCGUCUGGUUGCAAGACGAAACGGCGCGCGUCGAGGAGGUGCUCUUGCAGCCGGCGUCGAUCGAAUCGCUGCUCUGUGUCUUUGCCACGAGCAAGGCCAACUCGUUCGAGAAUUUGUUGGAACCAUUUGUCAAGAUGUGCCGACUCUCGAGUGGUGUCGUGGCUGCGAUGGCGCGCAACACUCUGUUUGUCAAGCCACUCCUCGAGCGACUUUCGCAUCCCAAAGCGGUCGUCAGGCUCAAUUUGCUGAGAAUCACCAAGAUGAUCUGCGACCUCAAAGGCGAUGAAUACUCACCGCUCGUGGAGCAGCUCAAGGUGUACGAUGUGGUGGAGAAGCUCAGCAGCAAGGACAAUGCGGUGCUGGUCAAGGAGCUUGCUCGCGACAUUCUUAGCCAGCGCCAUGUCCAGCGCGAUGCGAGCAGGACGGUGAGGAGAACGCUAUCGGACACGCACAUGGCUGCUACUGGUGGCUCUGGCAGUCCUGGCUCCAUGCCGCCGCCGCUUCCGAGCGCUGGCCUUGGACAACUGGUAGGCAUGCGCGCUUCAGCUCCUUAUCGCCGCAAGAUCUCGAAUGGCACUAGCGGCGAUGCAGGCGACAUGUCGACCAACAGCGUGGCCAACUCGACCAUCCACGAGCGAUCCUUCUCGGGUUCCUUGACGGCGUCUUCCCCAUCGUCGUCGUUGGGAUCUUCGAUGACGAGCACUCCUUCCGCGGCAAGAAGUGCAGCGAUGCGCAAUCUGGUGGGUAGACUCGGCCAGCCGCGUCGGUCGAUCACUCCAAAUCGCGAGCUGACGGGUCAGAGCCAGAGCAGCUUUGGUUCUAGUCGCACCUCGCCUCUGAUGGCCAUGGAGCCGCUCCCGCAAGGGGAAGCGGUGAGGCUGCGGCAAAACUCGCAGCCACAGAUGGGUUCAGCAGCAAGGGGCGGACACGAUGCCGGCUCGCCCGAAUCGCUGUCGUCCAGUCGAGAUGCAUUUGACAAAAAGAUGAACGGUGCCUCGUCGGCCAGUCACAUGGGCUUUUCGAGGGCGAUGAGUCCACGCGUGAGAAGCAUCUCGAACGAGAUCAAGCGGGCGGCUGCGUAUGCGAACUUGAACAGUUCACAGGAUGCUCAGCCGCAAAAGGUGCCCUCGCUGCAUGCGUCGUUGGAUAUUGAGGCAAGGAAAGCUGCCUCAGACGAGGGUGAUGGAUUGGAUGGGCAGUUGGGUGACAAGGACAGGACUAUGCGGCCGCCUUCGAGACGGCCAAUUCCGUCUUUGCCCUCGAGCCAUCGGUUUGAGCAUUAG